CACAAUGUAUGUGACUUUCCCUUUUCUCGGUGCAUGUUGCUGUUAGCUAACCUCACGUCUAGUCUAAGCUCACCCGGAAGAAGUUUAAGGACAAGAGACUGAUGAGCGAUGUCUCCUGAUGAGCUCGUGUACUUGGGAAUUCUUGCUGCCUCCAUACCUGUUGGAUUCCUCUUCCGUUACCUCAGUCCUCCUGUGAAGCAGGGGGCGUCUCUCCUUCUGGGCCUCUCGAUCACCAUCGCUACUUGUCACAUCCACACCCUCCAUUCUAUUGUGACAGUGAUUGGAGUAUGGAUUAUCAUAAAGAGCAGCUGGCGGCAUGCCCCAGCACUGAGUCUCACCUGGACCUUCCUCUACCUCCUCUUCUUCCGUCUGGUCACUUGGUUCGGUCUGCCAACACCGACACCUUUUGCCAACGCCAUCCAGCUACUUCUCACUCUGAAGAUGGUGAGUCUCGCCAACGAGGUUUACAGCUUCCACGUGGAGAAGAAAAAUGAAUUGAGCUCUUUUGCCAAGUCUCCCAUCAUUGGUGGUCUGUCGCAGGAGCCCUCCCUCUACGACAUUCUGUCCUAUAGCUACUGUUAUGCCGGUAUAAUGACCGGUCCGUUCUUUCGCUUCCAAACGUACGUUGACUGGCUGAAGCAGCCGAGCCCGCAGGCUCUGCCCGGCUGGGCGCCGUGCCUUCAGCGGCUGAAGUUUGUUCCUGUGUACGCCGCUUUGUUUGUGGCUGUCAACCAAGUCUUCCCACUGGCCUACGUACGCACAGGGGAGUUUCUGGACCAAAACCUUUUCUUUCGGAUGUUCUACAUGGUGGCGGUAUUCUUCGUGUUCAGGAUGCGUUUCUAUGCCGCGUGGUGUGGAGCGGAGGCCGGUUGUAUCAGUGCAGGUCUGGGCUGCUACCCCGAGAAGGCACAGUCCAAACCUGGAGGAGGACCCACAGUCAACUACAGUUCUGAUCCCACCAGUGAAGAGAAAUAUGACUUCAAAACCAUCCAGAACAUCGACUGCUACAACACAGACUUCUGUGUGAAGGUCCGCCAUGGCAUGCGUUACUGGAACAUGACGGUGCAGUGGUGGCUGCAUCACUACAUCUACCCCAAUGCCCCGUUCAAAGUCUACGCUCUCAGGGCCGGCUGGACCAUGUUCAUCAGCGCCUACUGGCAUGGACUACAUGCCGGUUACUACCUCUCCUUCCUCACCAUCCCCCUGUGCAUCGCAGCCGAGUCUGCCAUGGAGGCCUCUGUUCGAGCUAAACUGGGUCCUUCUGGUCAGAACAUCUUCGACUGGGUUCACUGGUUCUUGAAGAUGAGGGCCUACGACUACAUGUGCAUGGGCUUCGUGCUGCUGAAGGCCUCUGACACCAUCGACUACUGGAUGUCCAUCUACUUCAUCAUGCACAUCAUCGCCGUUGGCUGUAUCAUAGUUGGCUGGACUCUAAAGGGAGGGAAAGAGGAAGGAAGAAGAGGGGACAAGGAGGAGAAAAGAGAGGGAGAGAAGAUAGAAAACUUGAAAACUGGGGAAAAGACUGGCUGAAAAGAGGAGCAGAAAAGAACUGGGUGGGUACUUUUUGGGGUUACUUAAAGACUAGAAUUUAUAAACAUACAUCGCACCACCUCUCAUCUUCCUAGACAAAAACGUCAUACAGGUCCAAUAAGAUCAAUUGUGGGAAAAUGUGAAAGUUAUUACAAAUGUGAGAUAAAUCAAACAAAAGCGCGACAACAAUAAUCUGGUAAAAGACAUUCCAUAUAUGUACAUAGACAUAAAAGCACUGGGAAAACUGGGAGAGGAAUGUUUGAGCUCAAUGAAUGUUACUUUUAUAGUGUGCGUGGCAACUGGGUGGAGGUAACAGUUAAACAGCAUGUGUACAGCCCGUGGGCUUUUACUUCACGAUACCUUCCCCGAUUUGAAAGUGAACUUUAUUACCACUCAAAUUUAGGAUGUUGAAAUAUUUAAAAAAAUGCUCUUUUAUAAACGGUCAGUACGGGUUGUCAAACAUUAAUAAAUCAAAUCCUCGUAAUGGUCUUAAAAAUAGUUUAAAUGAAAUAGGAUUCAAUUGAGUUUCCAUAACCAACCAAACAUUCCAGCGGCGCUCAGUAUUAUGUGAAAGUACAUCUACACUGGAGUACAGAAUGGAGGGGUUGAGAUGGAAAAGAACCUCAUGAUGGUGUCAGGAGUCAGACGAAAUUAUAUUUAUUUAUUUUUUCGAAUUUUCCUAAUUUGACAGUAUAAAAUAUGUUCGCUGCCAUUUGGCGUUGUACAUUUACUGCGGACUGUUUGUGUCCACAGUAAACAGUCUGAGUGUAAUUAUGUUUUUGUGAUGGUUAAGUGCUGAGAAAGUACAACGUGAAACUUGCUGGGCGCUCAAUAGUACAUUUGCAUUGUUGUCUUAUUACACAAGGAGCUUUGUGUUUUAGAUUUGGUGUCCAGCAUUACAAUGUUCCUCAUUUUGUUUGCUAAAUAUUUCAGUGCUUUGUUUACUCCCUUGAUGAAUCCAAAAUGUCUCUGUUUGUCUCUGAGGAACAUCUGCGCUAUUGUGUACGAGUGUGUGUAAGAUAGCAACUGCCAACAUGUCUGUCCUGCCAUCGUGGACCGGUCCGGGUCGGGAACAAACAUUUGAUACAACACGUCGCCGGUUUCACAGAACUAUAAGCUGCCAACGAAAUUCAUGAAUAUCAGCACAGCUCGAGCCGGGAUGAGGUCAUUGGAACUCUGUUGCUUAUUUUUCUGUGAUUAACUGGACAGUUGGAAAACACACUCAGUGUCUAACAACUCCACUGUGUGUGUGUGUGUUUGAAAUGAGCACAACUCACUGCACAAUUAAGGUCACAUGAUACCUCAAACUGAGAUCAUUUGAAUUACAAACACAUUUAGUUUCACGCCUUCACCAGGACCAUCUCUGUGCCACAACCCAACCCUCGUAGAAAUGAGUCCCUUUGUUUUUAUAAUUGCUCGGUUAUUAUUGUGUCUAUUUAUUUGUCGGCCUGUUUAUCUUCACACGCUGCACCGACUGUAACACUCCCUGCUCUGUUCCAGUGUUACUUGUGGAAUACAUUUCAGCAUUUCCCCACAAUGUUACUGUCUUGCCUAUUCUCUCUCUAAAGUAUGCUUUAUAAGGAU